GUCAGUAUGGAAGAAAGCUGUCUGCUUUUUGACACAAUCUGCAAAAAUAAUAAAUUGAAACCGUAUACAGCAAAUAUUUAACUUAUUAUAUAAUUAUUUGCCAUCUUAUAAGGUGGCUCAAUAAAACAUCAAUGGAAGAUUAUAAGUUUCUAUUUAAGGUUGUCCUUGUUGGAAAUGCAGGUGUUGGGAAAACAUGUUUGGUUAGAAGGUUCACACAGGGCCUUUUUCCUCCUGGACAAGGUGCUACAAUUGGGGUAGAUUUUAUGAUCAAGACUGUGGAGAUUGAUAACGAAAAAAUCAAGUUACAAAUCUGGGAUACUGCAGGGCAGGAGAGAUUCCGAUCCAUCACACAAAGCUAUUACCGCUCGGCUCAUGCUCUUAUUUUGGUAUAUGAUAUAAGCUGCCAACCUACAUUUGAUUGCCUCCCUGACUGGUUGCGGGAAAUUGAAGAGUAUGCUAGCAGCAAAGUACUCAGGGUUUUAGUAGGUAACAAGAUUGACCGAGAAGAUCGUGAAAUUCCGGCUCAUGUCGGAGAGGAUUUUGCCCAGAGGCAUAGUAUGUAUUAUUUAGAAACAUCUGCAAAAGAAGCAGAAAAUGUUGAAAGAUUGUUCAUGGAGAUAGCUGCAGAAUUAAUGGAGCAAGCAAGAAGCAAAGAGCUGCCAAGGUAUGACAGCAACUCUCCAACGAUAAAUGGCCGGACCACAGUCAUAGGAGAUGGUGGUUGUUGUAGUAGAAUGUCCUAACUGCUAUAUAUUGACUGAUAUUAACAUAAUAAAUAAUAUAAGUUCCAAGAAAUGUAAUAAUGAAGUUGCCAGGUGAAUAUAGAAGUCUCUGAACAAGAUUAAUGUUACGGUAAAUGCUUAUGGAAUAUUAAUCUUGAAAGCAUUCCUCUUUUUAAUAUAAUUUAAUAAAAUACAAGAAAUACCUUUUUAAGGAAAUAUUUUAUAUUUUUACACCUUUCUCAGCCUCACUUGUCAUGCUAGAGCAUGCAAUAGCAUGAAAACUGUCAAUGCCAUGUGCUGAGUUCAUAUGUAAAUAUCAUGUUACAGAUAUUUACCAAAUGUAGGAAACAAUUUUAACUCUUCCUUAUAAAAAGGAAAUAUGGGUGUGCACAUAAGAUGCAUACAAAUAUUGAUUCCUGCAGUUAUAUAAGAUAUUGUCAUAUUAAUUAAGCAAACAAGCUGAUCUUAUAUAAUGUCAAGAACCCAGUUUGAUGAACUUUACAAAGCAUGCCAGACCCAUGUGGAUUACACUAUUUAGUUAACUUUUAUCAACCAUGCAUCACAGCUUAAUGUGCAGUCCAGCUGGCCGCGUGUUGCGCUACCACACUGCCAAACCUUUAAUCCUGGAUAUAAUCUUUUAUUCCUGAAAAAUACAGGUUAAAUAGAAAUCUGUAACUACAAACUUCCAGUCAUGCAAAACUUACUGUGUGAGUUUCAAAUGUCUGUUGAAGUAAUGUUCAAAUUUGAGUAUGCUGCAAAUUAUGAUUUUGUUGGAGAAUGCAUUUAUUCCUGAUGCAUUCAACACAAGAAUGAAGGUGAUGAUUACAAUAUUUACAUAUACAAAUAUUUAUAUAUAAGUUAUUAAAACUGUUUAUCUUGUAAUUACAGGAAUCUAAAUUUGUAGUUUCCACUUGCACACUGGACAUCAGCUAUAAGGCUUGGGCUUUAACAUUCUUUGCAGCUGUGUUAUUGUAUUAACUGUUGAUUUAUAACUAAUGAAUUGAUAUUAUGAGUGAUAUAAUGUCAGAAAACUAUUUUUUCCUAUUGUCACAAAGCCAGAGACUGUAAAUAUUGUUAAAUCUGAUAAAGCAGCUAUGUCCAAAAUGAAUAAUAUUAUGGUUCUUAUACAAGAAUUUCAAUACGAACGUGGUUCGUUUGAAAAGACAGCAGUGAUAGGAGCAUGUCUCAAAAAAGGUGAAAUAUCAGGAUUUGGUAAAUAGAAACAAAUUCUUCCACAGUGAGAUUACAACACUGAAUAUGAUUUAUGUGGAUAUAAAAUGUCUGAUUCUUGUAUUCAUAUGAAGCAUUUUGUUUGUCAUUUUGAAGAAAUAUUGUAAACAGGUUUAUUGCUUCUAUCCUUGGCUCUCUUAAUGUGUCAGCAAGAAUUUAGCCCUGCUGCACAGGAUGUAAAAUAUUAGAUAUGACUGCACUGAAUAAUAUAUCGAGUUAUUAACACCAUACUUCUUUGAGGAAAUACAUUCCAGUAUUGUUUAUAACUCUUUUUACAUAUUAUAUACUGUAGUAUUUUUAUUACUGCAGCUAGACUUAUAUAUUUUAUUUCUGUGAUAGUGGCAGUAUUGUAACUUUUUUUUGAACAAAAGUGUUGAUGUUUAACUGGAUUGUAUAUAUAGAUUUUUGAAACACAAUUUGGCAUGUUAUUAGAUUGUUCAACAAACAUAAAGAUGCUACAGUUUUAUAAAAUUUAUUGCUAUAAGCUAGAAUAUAAAUUUAUUUUGUUGUGUUUAAUGUUACUGUAUGUGAUCUCAUAUGAAAGCAAUCCUUUAUUACCUUAUGGCACAAUUACAAGAAUGUAGGUCAUGCAAAAUGUGUCAGUACUUAAUCUUACUGUAGGUAAAAUGUUUUAUUUUGUGGCUGUUAUAAAUAUUUGUAGUUUAGGAUGGCAUAUUCAGUAUUUUAGACUUUGAUCUACAUAGGAAUUCUCAUGCAGAAAACAAGGUGAUCAUAUGUUGAACCAAUAAGAUACAAUAAUCCAGUGGGAUUCAUAUUCAUUAUAUAUUUUUUCUGACAUUUUUAACAUUUUCAAUGCCCUGCUGUAUUUUAUUCUAUAUUUAUUUUAAUUUCUUAGCAGUUUUUUGUAACUAUGUUCAGAAUAUGAACAGGCUUCCCUGACAUACACUGAACAUUACAUCUUGAUGUCCUUGUGUUAACGCCAAGAGUGUAUCUGAUUUGUGGAUGCGUUUAGAUAAUAUACCCAGAGUGCAUAGUUUUAUUUUCAUCAUGUCAUACUGAAAAUUUUAUCAUAGCUGGCAUGAUUUUGUCUCACUUUACCCUAUUUUUAAGUUACUGUUCCUUCUUCAAAAUAUAUGUAUAAUAUUUGUAACUUUAUUUUGUUUCUUAAUUGUAACAUUUGGAUUUGCUAAACAAACUGAAUUUUGAAUAAUGUAAUAAUGCAUUACAUCUACAUGACUGUUUGAAACAUUAACUAUAUAUCAUUGGGGAAGUAAAUCUUUUUCAAUCCAACAUAGGCUAGGUUAUUCUUUGUGAUUAGUCAAAUGAAUAGAUUUAACAAACCAUUGUGUGUAAAAGUUUAACUGAGCCAGUUUUCAGAACUAUAUUAUUACAUGGUAGUAUAAAUAAAUGUUCCUCCAAAUCAGUUGUGUUUACAUUCCAAAGUAAAUACACAUGUGGGAUGCUGGAUUGCCAGUUUUUAGCAGUUCCUUUAAAGAAAUAGUAACUUCUACUGAGAUCUCAGAAUAAUAUUGAGAGCCCCUUAUGAAGCUGUAUAACUUAUGCUCCAUAGUAUUGAUUACAUUUGUUACACACAGGUGGUAGAUUGGACUAAGGUUUUAAUAUUUGUAUGAACAUGGAGUUCUAUUACUCGUACAUUUUUAACUUGAAACUCAUCUAAAUAUCAUGUAAAUAUCCAGUUCUUACCUCAAAGAAAACAACACAUUUCCAUAUCAGAGAUCAACUGGUUAAUGUUAGGGAAAUGGUUGUUUAUUAUGGGAAUCAUACAAAAUCCAUAAAUACAGUCAGUGACCAAAGUGUAGAGGUAUUGAACAGUGAAGCAGAUAGUACAUUUAGUUACCACAGGGUAAAGUAAAGUAAAGUAAACCAAAGUUGUCCCUCUAUAUGCCAUGUAGGCACUUGUGGGGAGACUUGGUAUAACUCCUACUCCUAAAUGGGAGUGUGAGUGGUCAGCAUCACACCCCAGCCACACUUUAUCUGUGGGAAAAGGACCCCUGUACCCACUGGAUAGCAGACUGUGUGGGCCCCAGAGCCGGUCUGGACACAGAGGCCAGAGGAAAAGUCCUCUGCCCGUCAAGAAUCGAACCCCGGUCAUCCAAUUUGUAGCCAGUCACUAUACUGACUGAGCUACCCCAGCUCAACAGUUACCACUCAAUUGAUAUGAUUAAUGUUAGUCUGAUCCUUUAUCAUUAUUUUUGACUGGAAUUUACCGAAGGUUUUCCAUAUAUACACACAGUAUGUAUGUAGGUACAUUGUAAGGUCAUUAUGAAAUGAAAACUUUGUUUCCACAUAUUGACAACAAAACAAUGUAACACUAAUGUGAAAAUAGUAUCUGUCAUAAAUUCUUUCACUUGUAAAAGUGUUAAUAUUUUACUGUUUUAUUUCAAGAUGUCAAAAUGAGUACAGACAGUCAGUAGUUAUUAAUGUUUUAUUAAUUUGUUUCAAGAUAUCAAAAUUUAAGUAAUGUACUUGUAAUACAUCAAGGUCUGUACUACUAUAUAAUAAUUGUUCACAAAUGCAUCUAAAAUGUAAUUUUUGUGCACAUUCCUUUUACAAUUUAUCUCGAUGAUACAUAUGCUGUAUAUAUUCAGUAACUUUCUGUGUUCAUAAUCAAAAGUUAUGGGUGCUUUUGAAGAGUAGCUUCAUACCUUAAUGUUGUUUUCAUUGUAUGUGAUAACUGCCUAAUAAGAAAUUGAAUUUGUUAAACAGAA